GGCUAGAAGCAAAGCGCAUGGGCAACAAGAUCUUUUCCCUCUCCACCGGUCCACCCCCAACCAACCUCCUCCCCCCGUCUCUCCUCUCCCUCCAGGCCUCUCCACUCCCGGCAACCUCGCCGCCGGGGCCAUGGACCGGUGGACCGGCGUCGUCUACGUCCCACUCUCCAGAGGCGGACCCCUCUUCCGCGUCGCUGCCUCGCUCCUCCUCUCGCCAGCCAAAACGCUCGCCGUUCCACGAGUCAACGCGAUCCUUUUCACGGGCGACCGCGUCCGCGGCACGGGCGAUCCGGUGAUCGAGCGGCUCUCUGACGCCGCCCACCUGGCUGGGGUCCUCGCCGGGAAGCUCCCUGGGGAGGCCAACGCGUGGGUGGUCGACGCCGCGCGCUUUGCUGGGCCGUUUGCGGUGUACCGAGAGCUCGUUCCGACCGUCGACGCCGCUGGAGACCCCAAGGGGUAUGACCCCACUGGCUUCCCCGCCGCCGCCGGUGUUGCCAACAUCCUUGCACGCAGCAUUGGUGAGAUACAGAAUCAAGUCCCGGGGUUGUCGGCGAAGGAUUCGGCUGGCAACCAGCACCCUCCAUCCUACCAUCCACCGGCUAGGACUAUCAUCCUUGGCUUCAGCAAGGGUGGAGUGGUGGUGAACCAGCUCGUGACGGAACUUUCUCGGUGGGGGGCAUCAGGAUCAACGAACCAGGCGGCGGCGGCCGACGUUCCACGACCAGCAGCAGCAGGUCCAGGUCCACCACCCCAUCCGACCCAGAACGACCUUCUUCUCCUGGGGGCUCCUACUCGGAGCAGCGACGACCUGCUGUCAAGUAUCUCCGAGCUCCACUACGUGGACGCCGGCCUCAACCGCGCCGGAGCGUACGUGGCCGACCGCGCGGUGAUCGGGAGGAUACGCGAGCACGUCGUACGCGCCGGCGACAAGAGCCUCCGCUUCGCCCUCCACGGUACCCCGAGGCAGUGGUGUGAUCCGAGCCGCCCGUGGAUCCGGGAGGAGAAGGACGCGAUGGUCCAGGUACUCGCGGACGAGGCCCGGAGGAGCGAGGGGAGGCUUGUGCUGUCUGAGAAGCUGUAUUUCGAGGGCAGACCUCGCAGCCUGCUCAUGCAUUUUGAGGUCUUGGAAGCGAUGGAUAUAUAAUGUAAUGUAAGCUGAUACUCGAUAGGUCUGAUAAGCGAUGGAUAUAUAAUUUGUUGUCCCCUGCUGAUGCA